UGGACGGAAAAUUUAAGAGGAAACAUCAGGGUGCAGGGGGUUCUGGCUGAACUGACCUAACAGGAUUCUUGUGGAAGGAAGGCCGCUAGCAUCACUCCUCUGGACCAUAAACACUCGGGGAGUCCCGAUCUCUCCUGAGCAGUGCACUGGCGCCAGCUUUCCAGAAGUGUGUGUAAGUCCAUCAUCCUUUAACAAGUUUGCUUAGAAAGCCGAGAUGGUGAGACUUAAAAAUGGAGUCUCGCCAUGGACAGUUCUCAUAAACAAUUGUCUCCCAACAAAGUGGCUGACUGUGUUAUGGCUGUAUUGUUGCAGACCUUCUCAGAUGUGUUUGCUGCAAGUUUUGUUUAUUUGGAACUCUUUGGAAGCUAGCACAACUACAUAGAAACCCAUAUAAGUUAGCCACCAUGCUCAGCUAAUUUUUAAAAAAUUUUUUUGUAGAGAUGGGAUCUCGUUCUGUUGCCCAGGCUGGUCUUGAACUCCUGGGCUCAAGUGAUCCUCCCACCUCGGCCUCCCAAAGUGCUGGGAUUACAGGUGUGAGCCUCUGUACUCAGCUAAUUUAGCUAGUUUUUGUAUUUGAUUUUUUUUUUUUUUAAUAGAGUCUCUGUCAUCCCGGCUGGAGUGCAGUGGCACGAUCUCGGCUCACUGCAACCUUUGCCUCCCAGGUUCAAGCGAUUUUCUUGCCUCAGCCUCCCAAGUAGCUGGGACUACAGGCAUGUGCCACCAUGCCCAGCUAAUUUUUGUAUUUUUAGUAGAGAUGGGGUUUCGCUAUUUUGGUCAGGCUGGUUUCGAAUUCCUGACCUCAGGUGAUCCUCCCACCUCAGCCUCCCAAAGAGCUGGAAUUACAGGCAUGAGCCAUAACGCCUGGCCCCAUAUGCUGUUUAUUUCAUUUUUCCCAAGCAAACUAGGACUUAGAGAUGGUUUCGCAAAGCCCUGCUGACUCAUUUUCGACACCUCUCCACAGGACUAGUGCUAUGCGUCAGCAGAUGCUACCUCUGUGGGGAUGGAGGUUGACUCAGACACAGUGCGUGGCCUCGGGAGCCUUACGUUCCAGCAACCACUUGACUAACAGUCAUAAAAAUUAAAAUUGUAAAAUAUUUUGUCAACUGUGCAUCAGCCAAACAAAAAAAAAUUAAAAUUGCCUAAAGUGGAACAAGGAGAUAUGGGAUGAAGUCAAGCAAAUUAUGUGUCCAAAAAUGUAUAAUGUCAGUGAUUAGCUUCAGGAAGCAUUUGUAUUUAGUGCCUGUUGACAUCAGAGACAGCGCUAGUAGUUGGGGAUGCAGCAAGACGGGCCCCUGGCCCUUAAGGAACUUGUAGUCCAAAUGAACAACUGAAAUACUGCAGGGCUGAGCAGAGGGUGCUGUGUGAGGGUCCAGCAGGGACAAACUUAACCCCAGUGUGCGUGAGAUUCAUCAGGAAGGCUUUCUGGAGAAGGUGAUGUGGGCAAUGCAUGUUCUCCACCUAGCCAUGCCGAGAGGGAAGUGUGUCUGGGCAGAACUAUCAGGCUGGGGAGGACUCAGGGGUGGGAGAGAACCUGGCAUGCUGGGGAAGCUAAAUGUGGUGAUUGGUUUGUUUAUACAACUUGGAGUGCGGAAGGGGGUCAGUGAGGGGAUGCUGAUGCCUGAGGGUGAGGGUUGGGCAGAGGCAAUUUUAAGCAUGUGAGUCACAUGAUCAGAUUUCCAUUUUAGAAAGCUUGGAGAAUGGGUCUACUCAGGUAGCUCACACCUUGUGUUGUCCAUUUUCACACUGCUGAUAAAGAUGUACCCAAGACUGGGCAAUUUACAAAAGAAAGAGGUUUAAUUGGACUUACAGUUCCACAUGGCUGGGGAAGCCUCACAAUCAUGGUGAAAGACAAGGAAGAGCAAGUCAUGUCUUACAUGGAUGGCAGCAGGCAAAGAGAGGAGCAUGUGUGCAGGGGAGCUCCUCUUUUUAAAACCAUCAGAUCUUGUGGGACUUAUUCACUAUCGUGAGAACAGCACAGAAAAGACUUGCCCCCAUGAUUCAACUACCUCCCACCAGCUCCCUCCCAUAACAUGUGGGAAUUCAAGAUGGGAUUUGGGUGGGGACACAGCCAACCAUAUCUUUGUGCCCCUGCCCCCUCCCAAAUCUCACAAUCAUGUUUCAAAACCAAUCAUGCCUUCCCAACAGUCUCCCAAAGUCUUAACUCAUUUCAGCAUUAACUUAAAAGUCCACAGUCCAAAGUCUCAUCUGAGAUAAGGCAAGUCCCUUCCACGUAUGAGCCUGUAAAAUCAAAAGCGGGUUAGUUACUUCCUAAAUACAGUGGGGGUACAGGCAUUGGGUAAAUACAGCCAUUUCAAAUAGGAGAAAUUGGCCAAAACAAAGAGGCUACAGGCUCCCAUGUAAGUCUGAAAUCCAGCAGGACAGUCAAAUCUUAAAGCUCCAAAAUGAUUUCCUUUGACUGCAUGUCUCACAUCUAGGUUAUGCUGAUGGAAGAGUGGGUUCCCAUGGUCCUGGGCAUCUCCGCCCCUGUGGCUUUGCAGGAUACAGCCUCCCUCCCAGCUGCUUUCACGGGCUGGCAUUUAGUGUCUGCAGCUUUUCCAGGUGCAUGGUGCAAGCUGUUGGUAGAUCUACCAUUCUGGGGUCUGGAGGACAGUGGCCAUCUUCUCACAGCUCCACUAGGCAGUGCCCCAAUAGGGACUCUGUGUGAGGCCUCCAGUGCCGCAUUUCCCUUCCAUACUGUCCUAGCAGAGGUUCUCCAUGAGAGCCCCGCCCUUGCAGCCAACAUCUGCCUGGACAUCCAGGCAUUUCUGUAUAUUUUCUGAAAUCUAGGCAGAGGUUCCCAAACCUCAAUUCUUGACUUCUGUGCACUCGCAGGCCCAAUGCCACGUGGAAGCUGCCAAGGCUUGAGGUACCCUCUGAAGCCAAGGCCCGAGUUCUACAUUGGCCCUUUUCAGCCACGGCUGGAGCGGCUGGGAUGCAGGGCACCAAGUCCCUAUGCUGCACACAGCACAAGGACCCUGGGCCUGGCCCAUGAAACCAGUUUUUCCUUCUAGGCCUCUGGGCCUGUGAUGGGAGGGGCUGCCAUGAGGACUUCUGAAAUGCCCUGGAGACAUUUUCCCCAUUGUCUUGGGGAUUAACAUUAGGCUCCUCAUUACUUAUGCAAAUUUCUGCAGCCAGCUUGAAUUUCUCCUCAGGAAAUGGGAUUUUCUUUUCUUUUUUUCUUUUUUUUUCUUUUGAAAUGGAGUCUCACUCUGUCACCCAGGCUGGAGUGUAGUGGCACAAUCUUGGUUCACUGCAAUCUCUGCCUCCCAGGAGAAUUGCUUGAGCUCAGGAAUUCAAGACCAGCCUGAGCAACAUAGCGAGACUUCAUCUCUACAAAAAAUUUAAAAAGUUAGCCAGCAUGGUGGUAUGGGCCUGUAGUUCCUGCUAUUUGGGGGGCUCUGGUGGGAGCAUCUCUUGAGUUCAGGAAGUCGGGGCCCCAGUGAGCUAUGAUUGCAACACUGCAGUCCAGCCUAGGUGACAGAACAAGAACCUGUCUCUAAAAAAGGGAGAAAAAACGAAAGCUUGGAGAAUGGACUGGAAGAGGGAAGACUAGAGGCUCAUACAACCAGACAUCAUUUGCUUUUCACUCAAGAUGAUUUGAUGUCUUAUAAAACUCUGAUGAACCAUGAUGGCUACACAGACAUUAAGUAUAGACAGCUAUCAAGAUGGGCAACAGAUGCAAGUAGUAACAGAGUUAAAGACAGAACAAGAUCCAAACUGCUCUGAACCUGAUGCAGAAGGAGUGAGCCCUCCCCCUGUGGAGUCUCAGACCCCGAUGGAUGUGGACAAGCAGGCCAUUUAUAGGCAUCCACUAUUUCCAUUAUUAGCUUUGUUGUUUGAAAAAUGUGAACAAUCUACACAGGGCUCUGAAGGCACAACUUCUGCCAGUUUUGAUGUAGACAUCGAAAAUUUUGUAAGAAAGCAAGAGAAGGAAGGGAAACCUUUCUUUUGUGAAGAUCCAGAAACUGAUAAUUUAAUGGUAAAAGCAAUCCAGGUUUUGCGCAUUCAUCUUCUUGAGCUGGAAAAGGUUAACGAACUCUGCAAAGAUUUCUGCAGUCGAUACAUUGCUUGUCUAAAAACAAAAAUGAACAGUGAAACUCUGUUGAGUGGAGAGCCUGGAAGCCCGUACUCACCAGUGCAGUCCCAGCAGAUUCAAAGUGCCAUCACAGGCACCAUCAGCCCUCAGGGAAUUGUGGUGCCGGCGUCCGCGCUGCAGCAGGGAAACGUAGCCAUGGCGACGGUGGCAGGUGGCACAGUGUAUCAGCCUGUCACGGUCGUCACUCCCCAAGGCCAAGUGGUCACACAGACAUUGUCGCCUGGGACAAUUAGGAUCCAGAACUCCCAGCUUCAGUUACAGUUAAACCAAGAUCUCAGCAUCUUGCAUCAAGAUGAUGGUUCAUCUAAGAACAAGAGGGGCGUCCUGCCAAAGCAUGCCACGAACGUGAUGCGGUCCUGGCUCUUCCAGCACAUCGGGCAUCCCUACCCAACAGAGGAUGAGAAAAAACAGAUUGCUGCUCAGACAAAUUUGACACUACUCCAAGUCAACAACUGGUUCAUCAAUGCCAGAAGACGAAUUCUUCAGCCAAUGUUGGAUUCAAGUUGUUCAGAGACCCCCAAAACAAAGAAAAAAACUGCUCAGAACCGGCCAGUUCAGAGGUUUUGGCCUGAUUCUAUUGCAUCAGGAGUUGCACAGCCACCGCCGAGCGAGCUCACCAUGUCGGAAGGAGCUGUUGUCACCAUCACCACGCCCGUGAACAUGAACGUGGACAGCCUUCAGUCUCUGUCCUCGGACGGGGCCACCCUGGCGGUGCAGCAGGUCAUGAUGGCAGGGCAGAGCGAGGACGAGUCUGUGGACAGCACAGAGGAGGAUGCGGGUGCCCUGGCCCCUGCCCACAUCAGCGGGCUGGUCUUGGAGAACAGUGACUCCCUGCAGUAGGGGCAGGAGCAGACGCACCUGACUUUUUAGAGUUUGCACAGCAAACAUUUUACACAGUUUUAUUUCUAAUAUGUUUUAUAUGUAGAUAUAGAAGAGUGCACUUUUGUAUUUCAUAGUAAGCUUAAAGCGCGUCUUUGCCGGUGCAGCGACUUCUUUCAAGUGUGUGUGUGUGUGUGCGUGUGUGCGUGUGUGUGGAUUUUUAAAGAAAUUCUUUAAAGGUUUAACGCUAGAUUGUGAGGAAUGACACACCACUCCCUCCCCACCUUGAAUCCCUAAUUAGAUUAAGGAAUAGCGCUGCCAUUUUCUAAACCGUGUUGCGGUUGUCACUUAGUUCUGUGGUUCCAGCAGAUCUCAGUGGGCUGGUUGAUUUGUGUGGCCCAUGGAUUUGAAAGAAGCUGCUGCACCCGAAACUGCCAGUGUGUGGUGACAACGGCACACGCCUAGACUGAGUGUGGUUUCGUCGUGAGUGGAUGGACGGCAAGCUUAGCAAGCCUAAGUCCCCUCAUGUUCAGUGAGCCUGUUUCAUUUGCUAUAUAGAAAAAGAAACUCCUAUUUUUACCUUUCUGGAAUUACUGGAUAAAAAAGCUAUUUUUAUAAAUUCGUUAUGAAUUGGAUGAUGACUAUAUUGAGGAUAAAAUUUCUAGAGAAGAAACAAUACAUGCUUGCUAUUAAUAUUUCAAUUUGGAAUGUUCUGAAUUGACCAAAUUUAACGAACCUACCCAAAGUUAGCUACCGUUCCAUGGUUCUUUGCUCUCCCAGGGUAGUGAUGAACAUUUACUACUAUAAAAGAAACAGCUAUUUAAUGAAAUUUUGAUAUCUGCAAAUUUUUGUUGAUAUGUAAUGCUCAGAUUGCAUUUUACACUUGAUCUAAACAUAUAUCGAAAGAUAUCUGCUAAACAGGACUUCGGGUAAGUGAGGUGAAAUGGUAGCCAGUGACCCGUUAGGAGCUCUCACCAUACAUACUCCAGUCUAAUUUAAAUCUGACCACAGUUGCAUGGUUGCUUUACCAUGUUAGCUGUGUAUUGUUUUAAAAGUUUUAACUUCAAAAUAUGUUAUGCACAGAAUGUUUAUUAUAAACUAAUAUAAAAUGUGCUCUACCCCAUUGGCUCAGAGCUAGGGCAAACAGCAGAUAUUCAGACUUUAUUACUUAACUAGCGGACAUCCCUGGAGUCCCAGCAGCGAGUUGGUCUGGCGAGGGCACCUCGGCAGCCCCCACGGGUUGGCUCCUACGUUUGCGUUUGUGGCUGGUCUCCUGGUGUCAGCGUUCUCUUGUACGUUGUUGCUUUCGACUUUUCAGAGCCCUCCUGCUCACUUGACCACGUGAGAUUUGGAAUAACUGUAGGACUUCUGUUUUCUGGUAACAAGAUGAACCGAGAGAGUGGGCUGGGUUCUGUUUUCUUUGGUUUUGAUUUGUUUUCAUUGUUUACUUAGGAGUGGUGCUUUUUCUCAGAAAACAGGCCACGGUGUUUCAUACAGAAUGUCUUCAUAUCAUCUGAAAUGGUAUGGCUGAAGUUCAUUUGUUUACAGGGUCGGGAAUGUCUUCAGUUCUUGAGAGUCAACAGUAAUGAUUGGAUGUAAGCCAAGGGACAUUUUAAGCUAGUGAAGAGUUUUUUCUGCAAUUGAUUUUUCCCAAAAGAAUAUAUUAAUUGAGGUUAAGAAGUCAGUGGGAAACACACAGAAAUUUAUUUUAAAAUCUUUCAGGAGCUUUAACUGAAAGACUUGGUUAUCAAGUCUUUUGGGGAGAGAAUGACUUUUUUUUUUUUUUGAGACAGAGUUUUGCUCUUGUUGCCCAGGCUGGAGGGCAAUGGUGCGAUCUCAGCUCACUGCAACCUCCACCUCUUAUGUUCAAGCAAUUCUCCUUCCUUAGCCUCCUGAGUAGCUGGGAUUACAGGCAUGCGCCACCACACCUGGCUAAUUUUGUAUUUUUAGUAGAGAUGGGUUUCUCCAUGUUGGUCGGGCUGGUCUCGAACUCCCGACCUCAGGUGAUCUGCCUGCCUCAGCCUCCCAAAGUGCUGGGAUUACAGGCGUGAGCCACCACGCCCGGCCGAGAAUGACAUCUUAAAGCCACCAUUGCGUUCCUCAUUUGUGAACUGUUUUCUCGUAUUUUAAGUCAAGUCUAUAAGAUCAUUUUUAACCUAAGUUCCAACUUUGUUGGACUCCUUAAAAUAAGCACCCAUGAAAGCCAGCCAGCCCUUCCUCCUUCCCUCACCACCCUCCGUCUCUUCGUCCCUCACCACCCUCCAUCUCUUCGGCUGCCUGCUCUUUCAUGUAGAUUAGUGGAAGCCGUUCACAGAAUGUAGACUCAUGUAUAGGUCACCGUUUCUUUCCCCUACUAGAAAUCACAUUCACUAAGCAGUGGAUUGAAUUUAAGAGUGCUGCCCCUGCCCGGCGCAGUAGGGCGUGCCUCUAGUUCCAGCUACUCGGGAGUCUGAGGCAGAGGAUGGCAUGUACCAGGAGUUUGAGGCUGCAGUGCACUAUGCUUGCACCUGUGAAUAGCCACUGCACUCCAUCUUGGGCAACACAGUGAGACCCCCAUCUAUAAAAAGAGAGCACUGCCUGAACCUCGGUGGCACUGGGAAGCUCUGGCCUGAGAGUUAAACACCCAUGCUGAAUGGUACAGUGUGCAUUCUCUCCAGCUGAAAACUUUCUUCAACUUUCCUAAAUUCUUACUAAUUUCAGAGGAAUAGGAUAAAGAUCACUUAGAGAAAGGGUGCUUAUGGACAUAGCCCGAGUUUCCUUUAACCUCUCUCCAAUGGGUGCUUUUAACUAGCUUCUACAUGGCAAGCCGUUUCAGUUUGCAAAAUCACUGCCCAGCAUGUUUGAGGUCAGUUGGCACCUUAAAACACCUGUUCUCCAGCCCUUGGACAGUGGAGAGAAUCUGUAAAAGUGUGACCCCUCUAAGAUUUCGUUUUAAGUGAUCAGAUUCGGUUCCAGUUUUAUUCUUGUUGAUUUUUUCCCUAUGAAGGCUCCCUUUGAAUGUGUCUUGAGACCCAAAUUGAGCAUGUUGCUGUUAUUCCUGCCCUGCACCUGUGGAGCAGGAGUGGCAGGGCUGGCUGUGCUGGGUUCCAGCUCGCUCCCACCGAGGGACUAGCUUGGCCUUUGCGCUUUGAUUCCAGAUAGUAAGAUGAGUGGAAGUGUUUAUCGAGCAUGCAAAAGAAACCCUCACGGCUAAGGGCUCCGGGAGUUGUGUCUGUGUGACCUGAGAGUGAUCCGUCUCCUGCCUGUGUGAGGUAGCAGUGGGCACUUUUCAUUGAGACAAACUCCAGGGUGCCCAGCGGGGGUUCUGCCCCUUGUGAAGGCCCAUUCCUGGCACUUAGAGACAGAAAGAACUCAGCAAUCUUUCGUUCUAGUUAUAUUCGGUCUUUGAAACUGACAAUCUUUGAAAUGUGAAUACUGUAACAAUAUGUUUUCUUGGAUUGUUGUCUUUAAAAAGGAUUUUUGUGAAGCAAUUGAUUUAUCAAAGCAAAAAAAUUAAAAAUAGAAACUUGC